AAAAAACCAAAGGAAUCUUAUUAAAGUAGGAGAGCGUGUGUAUAUACGUAUUCGAAGUUGGAAGUCUCCUCCAAUCCCGCCCGCAUUCCUUCCCGCUGUUUGUUUCAACUGCCGGCGGCGGUCAAUGUCGGUUGCCGACGAUGUUAAUCUGUCACCCAUGCACCUGCAACAACAACAACAGAUUGCUUUAUGCAAUCCUUUAAUACCUAAUCACAACUUGCCUCUUUUCUUCUUUCCUCCAAAACAAACUGUCAUAAAUCCUACUCCGAUUCUCCAAGGAAGCAUCAAAACUGAACUAGUAUACGAUCAUUCAUUUGGACCAUCGUCUUGCGGUGUUGGCAAAAGAAACAGGCAACCGAAGACCACUAAAAAGGCUAAAUCUGGAAAACAAGAACCAAAUACAGACUCCUAUAAUCUUAAUUUGGCCGGUGCUUGUCGUUAUGAUAGUUCUCUUGGACUCCUGACAAAGAAGUUUGUUAGUUUGAUACAGGCGGAUAAAGAUGGUAUUCUUGAUCUAAACAAGGCUGCAGUCAUUUUAGAUGUUCAAAAGAGGAGAAUUUACGAUAUUACCAACGUACUUGAAGGAAUAGGACUAGUAGAAAAGGCUACAAAGAAUCACAUCCGGUGGAAGGGACACAAUAGUUCAUCACCACGAAGCCAGCUUGAUAAUUCAAAAAAAUUAAAGGCGGAGGUUGAACAACUGCAUGCUGAAGAAUCCAGGCUUGAUGAAUGCAUAAGGAAAUCACGAGAGCGCCUGAACUCAGUGGAACUCAAUCAUAAUCAUCAAAAGCACCUUUACUUGACGGGAGACGAUCUUAGGAAUAUUCCAUGUUUCAAGAAUCAGACCCUAAUCGCAAUAAGAGCGCCACGUGCUAGCUCUAUUGAGGUUCCCGACCCUGAUCAGGAUAGUGGUUUUUCUCAGAAACAAUUUAGACUUAUUGUUAGAAGCCAUACAGGCCCGAUUGAUAUGUAUCUUAUAAGUGAAUCCGAGGAGCAGAGAAAAUCAUUAAACGAAACAGCUCGAGAAGAUGGCGGCUCGGUCAACGCAUCACACCAAAAUACUAAUAUAGAAUCACUCAACUUGUUUGACUCCCAAGUAAAUGGUAUCAAGAAGAUAAUACCGUCACAGAAUGAUAUUGCUGAUGAUUACUGGUUCGGGUCAAAUGCAGAGGUUAGCGCGAGUGAAUUAUGGGGUAUGAACUUAGCGUAAAAUAGUAAAAGUUUUUGCGUUAGAACUAGUUUUAUUAUAGCACAGGAUGAUGAAAAAGGAAAUAAGGCAAGAAGAUGAAGUUGUUUAUUUUGGUAAUAAGGUUUGUUUAAAACAGAUUUGAUCAGUAAAGAAAGGCUGUAGCUGUUUGGCAACCAUUUGCACUUGUAAUCUCUUGUCAAAAGAUAAUGGUAUAUGAUUAGAACUUGAUAUAUGAAUUCAUUGUA